AUUGAGGUGAACUGAUCGCAGCCGCGCGACGUUCGAUGUGUGUCGUCUUCGGGUCGCACAGGUCGUCAGAGAUCAGGUUGUCAGGUUCCCCUCACGGAACGGCAAUCUCACAGCCACCGCCCGGCUCUGCAAGCCGGCCCUGAUUCAUCCUGCCUUUAAGCUUUAGUUCGGACCCCCAAAAGCUGUCGACCCAUCUGCCGUGCGUGGGGUUUCGUUUUCUGUCGUGGGAAAAAUCCGCGCCUUCCUUCGAACAGCUUCAAUCCUCGACAACAUCUACACACUGGCUUUGACAGCCCGAUCGACGAGGGCCUGGUCAUGAGAUCAUCACCUUCUCCAUCGCCCACGCUCUGCUGCUGCUAGGCUCCCCGCGCCGUACCUAUCUCCCUACUCUCCAUCAACGGCAGAGCUUACCCCAGUCGCUAUCGACGCUCCCACCACCGCCACCGACGUAUCUCUCCUCCUCGCCAAUCACACAGCCAGCCCACCUCCCAAACCGUCACCAUGGUUCUCACCCACACGACGACCUACAAUUACUCGCACCCUUUCCCGACCGUCACCCUCGCCUUCUUCCUCCGCUACUGCUCGCCGCAGCUAAACCCCUUUGCCGCCCAUGUGCUGAGCACCGACACCAUCGAGAGCCGGCUCGACCCGGAGACGGGCCGUCUGCACACAACCCGCAUCCACCUCAAGAAGUCCCGCCUCCCCGGCGCAGUCUUCAAGCUACUGCCCACCAGCGUCACGGGCGGCGGCGGUGGCGGCGACAAGGCCUCGUAUGUGCUCGAAACCAGCGUCGUCGACGUGCGCGAGGGGUGGAUGCGCACCGAGAGCCGCAACCUCAAUUUCGUCGGCGUACUCUCUGUCGUCGAGCGUCAGACAUACACCGCGCCCCCCACCGGUGCCGACACCACGACGGGUGUCGAGGCCACUGUUGUCUUCCGGUCCCGGAUCGGAGACAAGCUGAGGGAGAAGAUCGGUCAGGCCACAUCGGCCAGCCAGCAGCAUCAGCAGUCCCAAUCCAGGGAGGCAUCAACGGGCUCGAGUUGGUUCGGCAUGGGCUGGGCCGCCGGCCUGGGCACCAAGGGCAUCCAAAGGAGCAUCGAAUCCAUGGCGUCCACGAAGACUAUCGACCAACUCGGAAAGAGCCGUGAGGGCAUGAGAGUUGUCCUCGAGCGACUUCGAAAGAGCGGACUGGUCAACAUCAUGGAACUAACGAGGCGAGCGAGGGACACCAAUCACAAUGCUUGAUCAAGUUGGCUCCUUGACGGCUUUUGCAACUCGGCAAUAUUUGUUCUAUUUGGUCCGACAGACCUGGCGCUUCCGCUUAUGUGGGCCAUUGACCACGAUUCGACCCGAUGUUCUUUCUACCCUACCUUGGCCGUGGGUUUCUGAUUUGCGGACUUGAUUCCCUGUUGUUUCCUCAACCCCUUCUCCUUGUCGUUCUUUGUACACCAUAUACGCACGCACUCGCACACACUCACGGCCUUGGCUUUUCCCCUUUUUUUCUUUUUUUUUUCUUUUUCCCUCCCUUUUCAGCAAGGCGUUGGUGUUUUGUUAUGGUUUCAUCCAACAAUGGCAUGUGGGCUUGUGUGGGCUUCCAGUCUAUCGCAUGCCGUUAGUCUGGACCGCAUUGGCCUAUUAGAGGUGCCGUUUACAAAAGUCGACACCUCCAGGCCACCUUUUUACGGAUUCCGCACACUGUUUGCCGCCGCGAGCUGGGAAGCAGCGCAUUAAAAUUUGAGAACGAGGACGAGUUUACGAGCGAAAUCAUGACUAGGUACCUAAGUUCUCGGUGUUUGGAUAGCUGGAUACGAACUCUGGGAGGCAUCCCCUCUCCUGAUGAAAGCGGUCUCCCCUCUCAUGUCAAAGCUGUGGCAGCUGGCGAGACAUUUUCGCAAAGAGAAUAAAAUAAAAUAAAAUAAACUAUGAGAAAUGCACAGUACCAAAUAGGGUGCAUCCAACGUGUUCCUGAUGCGUUACAUUCUGGUGUCAAGGAUCAUAAUUGCCCAGAGAUAUC